AAUAUAUAUGCAAGGUGGGGGAGAAGGAGAUGAAGAAUAUCACAGAAAUCCAAAUCCCCCUAAUAUUAUUGUAGCAGUCAUGAGUUCUGUGGGUGUAUUUCGUAAGGUGGAAAAGGAUGAAAAAUCAUAUUGGAUAUACACAUUAACACAUCCCGAUGAAGCACUAGCCAUGGAUCCUUUUUUUCUUUGUCCUCGUGCGCGUCUCAAACUCCUAAAGCUCAAACUAAAUAUGCCCGUUGAUGAUGAUGAUGAUGAUGAGGAUGAUGAUGACGAAGACGAAGACGAUGAUGAUGAUGAUGAUGACGAAGACGAAGACGAUGAUGAUGAUGACGAUGAUGACGAUGAAGGUACUGGCAAAGAAGACGACGACGACUAUGACAAUGAAGUUGACGAUUAUGAAAUCGAUGACGAUGAAUAUGAUGGCAAAGUAGAUGGCGAUGAAGAUGGUGGCAAAGUAGAUGAUGAUGCUGCUAUUCCUGAGUUAAACCCAUACAAUUCAUCCCCUCACUUCUCAAGUGAUCAACAAGACGAAUCUUUGCUUGAUUGUGACCACCCUAGUAUCUGUAAGCUCCCUGUAGUGCCUCUUUUUUGGUGCAACAAUGAAGAACAGAGUUGUGAAGAAUUCGAGUGCGGUGCAUGCGAAAUGGAAAUGCCCAGCGCAAGCUAUUUUGCAUGCCAACAAUGUGGAAAAAAGUUCCAUAAAGAAUGUGUUGAAUCUCCACUUGUGAUUAAACACCCUUCCCACCCCUCUCAUUCUCUUCGACUUUACAGUUUUGCAAGCAGGGAAAUGAAGUGCAUCUGUUGUAAGGAAGUUGUCUUUGAUAUGUUUUAUCACUGUACUACAUGCGAUUUAAGUAUGCAUCCGGUGUGUGCGAUGAAGACGGUACCCUGUGUUUCCGACCAUCCAAAAAGCCAUCACCACCCUCUCACCUUAUUCCCUGCACAAGCUUCUUUAGUUUGCACUUACUGUGCAAUGAUUGAGAAGCUUGAUCCCACAUACAUAUGUAUCGAGUGUGUCUUCGUAAUCCAUGAAGGCUGUAUCGGGUUUCCACAUGUCAUAAGAAUAUCCCGUCACCCCCACCGUAUCUCUUUUACCUCUUCUCUUCCAUCUGGAAAUUUGUCUUGCGGAGUCUGUCGUAAACAAGUCGACAACAACUAUGGUGCAUACUCUUGCAAGAAAUGUGCUGCUUAUUUUGUUCAUUCAAAAUGUGCAACACACAAAUAUAUAUGGGAUGGAAUCGAACUCGCAGGAAUACCAGAAGAAGAAGAUGAAAUAGACGAUGGUGAGCCAUUCAAGAGGAUUGCUGAUGGAAUAAUACUUCAUCCUUUUCAUAGUCACCAUCUACAACUUGAGAUCGAUGAUGCUUCUGACAUAAUUAAGUAUUGUCGAGGGUGUGCCCUUCCAAUCGGUGAAGAUGAAUUUUAUUCAUGCAUGGAAUGCGACUUCAUCCUUCACGGAAGUUGUGCAAAUGCUCCACGCAUGAUACGACAUCCUUUAUAUCCACAUCCACUUACACUAUAUGUUGCCAACAUGGUACCAGCUAAUGCUAAAGGUACAUUCUUUUGCGAUAAAUGUCAUCGUGAUGGUACUGGCUUCUUCUAUUGGCAUUCUGUAGGAGAAGAUAGCUUCUGUUUAGAUUUGCAGUGUGCCUCGAUUAUAGAACCCUUCGAAUAUCAAGGCCACCAACAUCCGUUAUUCCUACCUUGGAACCCAGAUGAGAAGAGAACACUAUGUCAAAUGUGUAAAUACGAAAGCAACCUAUCAAAAUUAGAAUGCACGAUAUGCAAUUACUCUAUAUGUUAUCGGUGUGCUGCCUUACCAUACAAAGUAAGGUACAAGCAUGACAAUCAUUUUCUCACAAUUUGCGAUGGGAAAGAGGCAAGUGAUCUACCAGACUGGUGUGAAAAUUGUGAAGGCAAAAUAGAAGAAGUUAAAGAAACAGGUUAUCGCCCGCUCUCAUAUGAGAAAACAGAAAGGCGAUUUUAUAAUUGUAGUGACUGCUGCACCCCUCUUCAUGUGGAUUGUCUACUUGGGAAAGACAUGUACAUGAGGCCUGGUAAUACUAAAAAAGAAUACCUCUCUUAUUCCAUGUACUCAUAUAGACAUGACCGCCAAAUAAAGUUAAAUGUUCGGAUUCUUCUCAACGAUUCCCUCUCCCGACCAAUCUGUACCAGAUGUAAGCGCCGUUGUCCAUUCCCAAUAGUUUUUAAAGGGAAAAGUACAUUAUUCUGUUCUUGGAAUUGUAUAGGAAGGAACAUCAAUUUUAAGAGUACUUGAAGUACAUUCUUUAUCAUCCAUUUUCCCUAAUUAAAAUUUGAAGUAUGUAAUAUUUCAGCUAUGUUGGUUUUUUCUUCUUCUUUUAAACAAUCAAUUAAUUUUGAGAUGUAAUUUUCUA